CUCCAACCAAAAACCACCCCGCGCCGCACCCUCGCCACACCCGCGCCGCACUGGGGACUGCAUGUGGCUCACAGUGGUCGGCAGCUCAAUGUCAGCUGCCGACGAGCGGGAGGGGUCACUGGAGGCGGCCGCAGCAGUGCCCUCGGCGGCGGGUCAUGCCGACAAAGCCGAAAAGGCGGUGAAAGGCCGAGAAGCUGCCAAGCGCCGCGCACCGAAGACGAGCGCCCAGCGGCCAAAGCUGCCGAUCAAGGCCUUCGCACUGAGGCCGCGGGCGGGCUUCGGUGGUCCAGUGGCUGUGGCCACCCGGAAGCUCAUCGCUGGGAUCGAUGCCAAUGCCGUUGGCCCAGUGCUCUCGCUUCGAACCUCCCUGCCUGAGUGCAAGGGGCCAGACCUACAUGCUCUGCUCAGGGCGCUCGAGCAUUAUGAGCACGUGCACUUCUUGAGCUUUGGUUGCAACAAAGCCUUGGCAAGCUCCCAGUCGCUUGGCAUGAUGCUCGUGAGCGUUCUCCAGCGCGGGUUCAUUUGGGCUUGCGACUUUGGGGAGCUGUACUUUCAUCAUGAUGUUUUAGAUUGCAUUCUCGAUGGCUUGGAGGGCCCGCCUCCGAAGAAGCUCCCCACCAGCAACUUGGCUUUCAGCUUCGCCGACCAGGGGUGUGGCGUCAGCUCGGAACAGAUUACCAGGCUGAAGACCCUCACCCGGAAGCGGCGUUUGCUGGACAAAGCUGUCUCCUGGGGCAAGGUGGACAGGACGCAUGCGCCGUGGCUGGAGAUUCCCCAAGUCUUUGGUCUGGUGAUGCGCUCGAAGAACUUGACGAAAUGCUUCUGGCGCCCUUACCAAGAAGCUGAAUUCUGGAGAAGGGCAGGAUUUCACUGCACUGGCCUACGGAUGCACCUUCAGCCUGCGCGAGGUAAACGAGUGAAUCCUUCAAUUCAUCGGUUGGUGACAGCAAUGCAUCGGGGAAAUCUAGAACCAUCAGCUCUGCAGAAAGCCUUUCCUCCUGGGGAGGAGGGCCAGCGCCGAAGUCAUGCGCUCUUGAAGGCAUGUCUGAGCCGGGAUCUGCCACCUGCACCGCUGCCCCGCUGGGUCGUCCCCGGGUGUGUGGAGGCGAAGAGGCCCGAAGAAGCUUUGCAACCGGUCUUGCGCAUCUUGGCUGAAUGGCUGACUCCAUGCAAUGUCCCAGGCCGAAAGUAAGUCCUCAUGCCGUGGUGCUUCACGCCAAUGGUGUUGUGCUUCCCCAGGCAUGGGCUGCUGAAGCGUCGUCGGGUGGAGGUGGUGAUCAUCGACUGAGCGGCCUGACAAGGGCCACGAUGCCGUCCGGGACCGCGGAGAGAAAAACCCGCGGCAAAAGGCCUGCAAAAGGCCAGAGGAGUGGAGGCGACUUGUUUGGGGGAAGAUGAAGGCCUUAGACAUGCAAUAUGAAGGGGAGAUAUGAAGGCUAACUUGAGAGUUGUGAC